GAAGGCUAUGUUCUGUCCCCUUUAAUGAUUGGUCAGCAGAAACUCCUCCCCCCCCCCUGCUUGAUAAAAGUCACUUGUGUAAUUAUUAUUAGUUGUGACUUCGACCUCACACAGAACGGACGUUUUUCUUCAAUCUUUUUUUCUCUUUUGCUUACGUAUUCUUUAGUUAUUUUUUUUGUGGAUAUAAUACGGCAGUUUUAGUUUUCGAAGAUCAGCGAUAGUUUUUUUUACAUUCCUGUAACAGUUUUGUGGAUUAUUCAGGAACUUUUUAUAGACUUUAUUAUUUUUUGAAAUGAUGCAAGCUCCGCAAAUCGUACAAAAUGGAGGAAUGAUUUCUCAUAUGAACAACAUGAUGGGGCAUCAUAUGAAUGAGGCUAAUAAUCACAGUGUUCCAGUUCCAUCCGUAAAAAAGAAGCAACAAGAAAGGAUUCGUCGCCCGAUGAACGCUUUCAUGAUUUGGUCGCGAGUUCAGAGAAGACGAAUAGCUCGUGAGAAUCCUCAACUGCACAAUUCCGAAAUCAGCAAAAGACUAGGUGCGGAAUGGAAACAAAUGGAUGAAAACGAAAAGGGUCCAUUCAUCGACGAAGCCAAACGCUUACGCCAAGAGCACCUACGAUUGCAUCCCGAUUACAAGUAUCGUACCCGACAAGAACCUAAACCGGCAGCUACGACAUUAGAACCGGUGAUGCCUUAUGGAGUGCCUUACUAUCCAGCCUUUAACCAUAGAAGUUUAAAGGCACCUCAAGUGGGUGUGCACAUAGAUAAUAAUAGUGCAACUCUAGUUAAUGCAUCUUAUCCCACGCAUUUUCCUUACGCUGCAACCGGCUAUCCUGCCUCUUCUCCAGCAGCGCUGAAUUUUCAGCACAGUCAAGUACCUGGAUCAGCAGCUCUUUACCAUCGGAUGCAUUCCCAGCCAGUUAACCAGGGUAUUUUUAAUUCUGAUUUGUACAAUCGCAACGAAAAAUCCAAUGGGUCGUCUAGUGCUAGCAAUCAGCACUACCAGAAUAACUUACAUAUGCCCGCAGGACCCAUCCACACACCUCCAUCGAUUUCUUCUGGACUUAACCUGCCUUAUGCAACGAAAUCAGAGAUGCUUGCAGUUUCAAGCUCUUACAACAUGCCUUUGGGCUAUAGUUCUCAAACUUACAACAGUGUAAUGCUGACACCCCCUUCUUCAAUUUCACCAAAUCAGCACAUUAUUUCUCCAAGUCCCACCAUAAACCAAGAAAUAGAUCAAACAAACAGUAGUCCUAGUGUUCCACCUCAACAGGAUCCAUCAUCUAUGCCCAUAAGUUCUUUUGAUGUAGACCUCCAUUAUUUUGAGGGACUUAAUAUUGCAUAAAAAUUUUAUGUAUGUUAAACAUGUUCAUUAUUUUGAAAGAACACUUUAUAAUCAUAAAUUAACAAAUUUGAA